UAGUAGGGUUACAUAAUGUCAUCAACAUCAAUAACCAAAAGCAUUAUCAUACAUUUCACCAUACUGUCAUCAUUUCUAGGAAAACUCUUGAUUGAUGGAUGUCAAUGUCCUGCAAGCUCUAUCAGACAUUUUGGAAUUGAUUAUGUGAAUGAUACCUUUGUAAAAGAUGGUCAACCAUUCCGUUUUAUAUCUGGAAGUGUCAGCUACUUUAGAGUUCCAAGGAACUUUUGGCAGGACAGACUCCUCAAAUUGAAGUAUUCUGGGCUGAAUACUGUUGAUACAUAUGUUGCAUGGAAUUUACAUGAGCCAGAGAUUGGAACCUAUGAUUUUGAAGGAGAGAAUGACUUAGAAGAAUUUAUCAAAAUUGCACAGUCUGUUGGGCUUCUAGUGAUACUUAGACCAGGACCCUACAUAUGUGGUGAAUGGGAACUGGGAGGUUUUCCACCAUGGCUCCUCAAGAACACAUCUAUCGUACUGAGGUCUUCCAAGGAUCAAGUGUACAUGGAUGCUGUUGAUAAAUGGAUGGGUGUCUUACUGCCAAAGAUACGGCCUCUCCUGUAUAACAAUGGAGGCCCUGUUAUUACUGUACAGGUAGAAAAUGAGUAUGGGAGCUACUUCACAUGUGACCACGACUACAUGUCCCAUCUGGAGAACCUUUUUAGGAGCCACCUUGGAAAAGAUGUCGUCCUCUUCACCACUGAUGGUUUUGCUAAGUCUAUGUUGGACUGUGGUACCCUGCCAAGUUUAUUCACAACUGUUGACUUUGGUGCAGGUGUGGAUCCCAAAGUGCCUUUCUCCAUACUUAGAAAGUACCAACCAAACGGACCUCUUGUGAACUCUGAGUUCUACCCAGGGUGGCUGGACCACUGGGGCGAGAAGCACUCAACAGUCAACCCUGCUGUGAUGACUCAAUACCUGGACAUGAUCCUCGCUAUGAAUGCUUCGGUUAAUUUGUACAUGUUUGAGGGAGGAACAAGUUUUGGCUAUAUGAAUGGUGCCAAUUGUGGAGCCAAGUCAAGUCAAUACCAGCCACAACCAACUAGUUACGACUAUGAUGCACCACUCUCUGAGGCUGGAGAUAUCACCCUAAAAUACCGUCUCUUGCUGGAAGUGAUUGCAGGAUAUGUUGGACCACCAUCAGGCCUGCCACCUAAAAACAUACCCAAAUACGCUUAUGGCAAGGUGGAAAUGAAAAAGCUAGGGCGGCUUUUAGACCUAGUCCAAGUUCUCUCCCCAAAUCCUCCAGUCAUGGCGAGACUCCCGAUGACAAUGGAGCAACUCGGACAGAGCUACGGGUUUGUUCUGUACCACACGCAAAUUCCAGACAAAUUUGCCCACCAAACUGUCACGAUCAGUAUUCCGGGGAUUAGAGACCGUGCUAUCAUCUAUGUUGGCAAGAUUCGCCAAGCCACCGUUAUACGAGUUGGCAACAAGACCACCGCAUCGAUUGUUAUCGGAAGUUUCUUCGAUCUUAGCAUCCUUGUUGAAAAUAUGGGGCGCAUUAACUACGGUCCCCACCUUGUCGACCCGAAAGGCAUUCUGGGUAAUGUUACCCUCGGCGGGGAUGUACUCAUGGACUGGAAGAUGUUCCCCCUGAAUCUCAAGAACGUGUUAAACCAUUAUCCCAUGCUUUCGAGUGUUCGGCGGGAUAAUACUUCAAAUGCGCCGACGUUCUUCACAGGCGAGAUACCCCCAUCGGUGGACGGGGUGCCACGAGACACGUUCCUGUACAUGGACUCCUGGACUAAGGGCCAGGUGUUUAUCAAUGGAUUCAACGUCGGUCGUUACUGGCCGGCAGCUGGUCCACAGAUAUCCCUUUAUGUGCCCUCGAGCGUCCUCUAUGCUGGUCAGCGGGCUAGUAAGCUGUUUAUUCUGGAGUUGGACGAAAACCCAUGUGAUUACCCGGCCACGUGCUACGUCACCUUUAAAGACACGCCAUUACUGGAUGGACCGGUGGCCCCUCUUCAAAGGACAGCAGGCAAAAGCUACAGACACUUGGAUCAGCAGUGGCUUUCCGUGUACACUCAAGAAAAUGUUAAGAAUCCCGCAAUUAUACAGCAUCUUGUCCACAGUGAGCAUAAGAAUAUCAGCUGAAUUGCUGUUUUUGUCGGCGAAAAUGGCAGUUGAAAGAGAAGAAUUUGGGAGGGGUGGGGGGUCAAGCCGCCUUAAAAAGGACAUAACCAAAAAAAGACUCGUUGCUUGAGUGUAGAACACGGUCAUUUUGUAUUUUUCUAUCUGUAUGAUUAUCAUGAAAUCCAGGUGAUAUGAAGGGGGUUAUGUAUAUAUUUAACUCAUGUCCACUCGUCCACCAAGACCCUGCCAUAACAAUGACACGUGGUCAUUCCGUCAUUCCUGCAUCUUGACGGGGAUGAGAUAAAGCUAACGUCUGUGAAACUGGCGUAGGAUGGACACAUGGAUUCUCCGGGUGCCACCUCAUUUAAAAUAGCUGUAUAUUAUAUCAAAAUACCUCUUGUCCCCUCUUUGUUACGGGCUAUUUUGUAGCCCUUACUCAAGUCUCACAUUUAAUAAAUAUUCCGCUUGUCUCUCUA